GCGGCUGCGGACGCCGGGGGAGGGUCCGAGCCCGCCGCGCCUCGCCGCCCCCCGCACCGCAUCGCCCGCGCCACGGACGGCCGCGGUAAGGCACAGCCCCGCCGGGGCCAUCGCGGCAGCGCCAGGGUCUAUCGGGCGGGAGAAGUUGAGCUGAAUCUCCCCCGACUCGCCUGCCGGGGUUGCGGCCCCGCCGGGCAUCCCUCCCCUCCGGCUCUCCGUUAGUCCCAGCUGCUGAGACGGGCUCGGUGCCCAGAGAGGAGAGAACCCCGCGGGAUACUCGGCCGUGGCUCUCGGCGCUGUUGGAGCGGCGGGGGGCAUUGCAGGACAAACUGUUCAUGAUGUCGAUCAAGAAGGAGAGUGCCCACAAGAAGUGGGCUGCCCUGAAGGAGAAACUUGGACCCCAGGACACUGACCAGUCGGAGGCCAACCUGGAAAAUGCAGAGCCGGAGCUGUGCAUCCGUCUCCUGCAAAUGCCAUCGGUGGUGAACUACUCCGGGCUGAAGAAGCGGCUGGAGAACAGUGAUGAUGUCUGGAUGGUUCAGUUCCUGGAGCUGUGUGGGCUAGACCUGCUCUUGGAGGCUCUGGACAGGCUGUCAGGGCGAGGAGUGGCCAGGAUUUCAGAUGCUUUGCUUCAGCUCACCUGCAUUAACUGUGUGCGAGCGGUCAUGAACUCCCACAAAGGCAUCGAAUACAUUGUGAGCAACGAGGGCUAUGUCAGGAAGCUCUUCCAAGCACUUGACACAACUAAUGUCAUGGUCAAAAAGCAAGUGUUUGAGCUCCUGGCUGCACUGUGCAUUUACUCAUCAGAUGGCCAUGCUUUGGCUUUGGAUGCCCUGGACCAUUACAAGACUGUGAAGAACCAGCAGUAUCGAUUCAGCGUCAUAAUGAACGAGCUCUCCAACACAGACAACGUGCCCUACAUGGUGACACUGCUGAGUGCCAUCAAUGCCAUCAUACUGGGGAAAGAAGAGCUAAGAACAAGGACACAAAUCAGAAAUGAGUUCAUAGGGCUUCAGCUGCUGGAUAUUUUAGACAAGCUAAGAGACAUAGAGGAGGAGGAUCUACUUAUCCAGUGUGACACAUUUGAGGAGUUCAAGAUCGAAGAUGAUGAGGAAUUAUUAAAGAUAUGUGAUGGGAUAAACAUGAACGAUCAUCACGAGGUCUUUUCAUCUCUCUUCAAUAAAGUCAGCCGCUCUCCGGUCUCCAUCCAGCUGCUGUCCAUCCUCCAGAGCCUGCUGCACUUGGAACCGUCUCAUCACUCCAGCCUCCUGCUGUGGGAGUCCUUGGAUGCUGUGGUGAACAGAGCCCUUUUGCUUGCAAAUGACAUCCAAGGGAACACAGUUGAAGAAGUCAUUGAGAGGCUACUGUCUAUCAAGAAGCAUCCAAACAAGCAAAAGCAAGCAGACAACCAGCCAUGCAGGAACACGAAUGGAGGUGCCCAGGCUGAGCUAGAACCAUGUGCACGUGCAGCUCAGAGCCCAGCAGCAUCAUCAAACCCCUCCAAGGCACCAGCAGCUCCUCCAGGGCCACCUGCCAAUGAAAAGAAGAUCUCAUCCUCCCAGCUCACAGCCUGCUGUGUUUCUCUGGAGACAUCUAACCCUCCACCCAAUGCUACUCCUGCCCCACCACCUCCACCCCCAUCCCUUGGCACAGCAGCCGUGACCCCCACAUCCCCCAUGAUGAAUGCACCUCCAGCCCCUCCACUCCCUGGUGUCCCACCCCCUCCUCCCCCAUUGCCUGGCAUGGUGGGCAUCCCUCCCCCUCCUCCCCCCUUGCCUGGCAUGGGUGGCAUCCCCCCACCUCCACCUCCAUUGCCUGGCAUGGUGGGCAUCCCUCCCCCUCCACCUCCAUUGCCUGGCAUGGUGGGCAUCCCUCCCCCUCCACCUCCAUUGCCUGGCAUGGUGGGCAUCCCUCCCCUUCCACCUCCAAUGCCUGGUAUGGGUGGCAUCCCUCCCCCUCCGCCUCCACUACCUGGCAUGGGUGGCAUCCCUCCCCCUCCGCCCCCACUACCUGGCAUGGGUGGCAUCCCUCCCCCUCCGCCCCCACUACCUGGCAUGGGUGGCAUCCCUCCCCCUCCGCCUCCACUACCUGGCAUGGGUGGCAUCCCUCCCCCUCCGCCCCCACUACCUGGCAUGGGUGGCAUCCCUCCCCCUCCGCCCCCACUACCUGGCAUGGGUGGCAUCCCUCCCCCUCCGCCCCCACUACCUGGCAUGGGUGGGAUCCCUCCCCCUCCACCCCUCCUGCCAGGCAUGGCAGGAGAACAUAUUGAAGCCGUGGUGGCCUCCCAGUUCAGCUGCCCUCUUGGCUCAGUCAGACCUCCCCGCAAGACAGUGAAGACGCCAACGUUGAGAAUGAAGAAGCUGAACUGGCAGAAGCUGCCCUCCAACGUGGUGAGAGAAGGUCACUCAAUGUGGGCUUCAGUGAGCAGCAGCAGCGAGGAAACUAUAGAGCCCAAUUACACAAGCAUAGAGCAGCUGUUUUGCUUUCCACAACCAACUCCCAAGGAGAAAACAACCACACCAGUGAAGGCAGAACCGAAGGAGAUCACAUUUUUGGACUCCAAGAAAAGUCUCAAUUUGAACAUAUUUUUGAAGCAAUUUAAAUGCUCCAAUGAAGAGGUGGCUGCCAUGGUCCAGAAUGGGGACCGGACCAAAUUCGACGUUGAGGUUCUGAAGCAGUUGUUGAUGCUGCUGCCUGAAAAGCAUGAGAUAGAAAACCUGAAGGCCUUCAAAGAAGAGAAAUCAAAGCUAGCAAAUGCAGAUCAGUUUUAUCUUCUCCUCCUUCAGAUUCCCAGCUACCAGCUGCGCAUUGAGUGUAUGCUGAUCUGUGAGGAGACCACCGUUGUGCUGGACAUGAUUCAGCCGAAAGCUGAAGCCAUCCGGAGAGCCUGUGAAGAUCUUCUGAACAGUCACCGCCUGCCCGUCUUUUGUCAACUGAUUCUCAAAGUUGGAAACUUUCUGAACUACGGAAGUCACACGGGUGAUGCCGAUGGGUUUAAAAUCAGCACUUUACUCAAACUUACAGAAACCAAAGCAAACCAAACCCGCAUUACGUUGCUCCACCAUAUUCUGGAGGAAGUAGAAAACAGCCACACGGACUUGCUGGAACUGCCAAAGGAUCUUGAAUAUGUUUCAAAAGCAGCAGGAAUUAAUCUUGACAUUAUACGCACAGAGUCUGGCGCCAAUUUAAAGAAGCUGCUGGAGCUUCAGCGAAAAGUCCUGUCAUCAAACGAUGAUGUGAAACAACAGUAUGAGAAACCUAUCCAGGAUAGCAUUGAUGCCUCCAGAAAGCUGGAAGAAGAAUUUGAAACCAUUGAAAGGAAGAGAGAAGAACUUGCAAAUUAUCUCUGUGAAGACCCAAGCAAGCUGUCCUUAGAGGAUGUAUUUAGCACCAUGAAGACCUUCAGAGACCUCUUCAUACGAGCCCUGAAGGAAAAUAAGGAUAGAAAGGAGCAAGCUGCUAAAGCAGAGAAGAGGAAGAAGCAGCUGGAAGAGGAAGAGGGGAAGAGACAGAAAGGAGAAAAUGGAAAAGUCAUUAAGAAGGGGCUGGUGAAGCAGGAGGAGGUGUGUGUCAUCGACGCGCUGCUAGCUGACAUAAGGAAAGGCUUCACGCUCAGAAAGACAAAGAACAGGAACGAGUCGGAUGCUGUUCCUAAAACCUUGCCUGCAGAGAGCCUGGGGGAGAGUCAGUCAGGAAAGAGCAUUAAGGAUCCACAAGCAGCAGGAAAGCAGAUUGAUGAUAACACCAAGCAAAACGAUGGUCAUCCCUCAGAAAGCACUCCCCUCUCAGCCACUGCCCUGACAGAGAUGAGAGGAGACAUCACAAAUGCCUCAGCUUCACACCAGGCAUUAUCUAAAAACAAUGCUGAAGGAAAUUUGCCAGCAGAGUCUCGGACAGAAAGCCCCUCAAUAAGCUUGGUGGAAGCUGUGGGGGCUGAUCAGGCCAUGGCAGGCCCUGGGAUGGAGCAGGCAGGUAGCUGGGCAAACCUCCAGCCGAGCACAGCGAGCGGUUCCAUUGCCUUCUCUGUUGCUAACAUAGGCACAGGGAUAAGGUUUGAGAGCAGUAGUUCAAGCACCACUCUGAGAGACAAAUUCAGUGGGUCCAUCAGAGAAGACCAGGACAAGGAAGGCCCAGCUGAUGGUUCAGAGAGCUACAGGCUGGCACAGGAGCCAGAAACCAGGCUGAGCGAGACCAGAGUUGACCCUGACAGUGCUCAACCUGCUCCCUGCGAUGGGGCUCCUCAGGCAGAGGCUAAAGAGAUGGCAAAGGAAAAUGAAGACCCUGGUACAGACUCACUGCUGGACACCUCUCAAGAGAAGUCCUUCUCGGAAGAGCCAGCCACUGACUCCUCAUGUUCAGCAACUCUCCCCCCAGGGCAAACUCAUCCCGACAGGGAAAAGCAGAGGUCAACUGGGAAACGGAGGAAGAAGAAGAGGCACAGCAAAAGCUACUCAGCAGAGGUUGAGACUGAUACUGGAGAUAAUAAAACAAAAAAAGGUUGUGUGGUACAAUGAGGUGUUAUGGCAAGGCAGAAGAAAUGACAGAGACCCAGCAAACCUCUCACGUGUCCCCACAGUGCUGCCAGCUCCUCAGAAGCCGGGUUCUGCAUCGCCGAGACACCACCGUGGCCGCCUCUGCCUCACCGGGACACGCUGCUUCGCCUCCCACAGCCUUUCACUCCCCUCCCCAUCACCCACAGAGCCUCCCCUGGGGACUUCAGCCCUUCAGCCCAUGCCUUAUGCCAUGGGUCCUUGGGGAUGGGGGCUGGUUCUGUGCAUGGUGGCAUGAAAGAGUCAGACUUCUCCUCCGCUGUCCUGGAAACCAAGUCUGUCAACCUGCUCUUAGGCCAAACUCCUCUUGAAAUGGCAGCUGAGUGUGGCCCAAGGAAGGACCACAGUGUUUAGCCCUUAGAGAAAUGUUAAAAAUAGCAGUGCCUCAACUAAAUUAAGGGUAUAAAUUAAGCAGUGGUCGCACCAUCAUCAGGUGGAAGUAUGUUAACUCUCUCAUCGCCCAACGACGAUUUAUAUUGGACCAUGUCCAAGACACAGAUCAGAUGAAUAUAUUUUUACCCUGAAUCAUUUAAAGCAAGGGAAAUUGGUUAUGGGGAGGGAAAGUAUAAAAAAACCAGAAAAAAGUAGGUAUUUUAGUAAGCAUAUGGCCGUAGAAACAGUGUCUGGUUCCUGUGUGAUGCUGUGUGCAAUUAAGUUGAUGCACGUCAGUAGUCUUGCAGCACUCUUCUCACAUGCACAGAUGCAUCCAUCAACUUUUGGAGAACCAGGACCUCAGUUCCUUUUAUUAAAGCAACAGAAAGAGGGUUUCCAGACACAUUUUCAGCUCAUCCUUUAGUAAAUCUCUGGUUGUUGUCAGCUGCUUGCACUCAAAGUUCUUUGUGUUCCAGGUGCAGGACAUGUGGAUCCGUGUUACUUUUGCUUUAAAACUGGGAAUGUGGAGUGUUGUGUUUUCAAAAUUCAGAGCUUUAUUCCUCAAGUUUUGUAAUAACAUUGUAUAAUACUUUUGUACAUAGCUGUCCAUUUAAAAUGAUCUAUGUUUGUUGAAUCUAUGGUGUGAUGCUGUGCUGAAACAUGAAUCAAGUGGAAGAGCUGGGUACAUUUAAGAACUCUGCCUUUAUAUGGUAACUCCCUGUGGCUAGACUAAUGUUCAGCUUAUUUUUGCUUUGCUUAAUAGGACUUGUCCUUGUAAUACUGAAAACUUUGCUGGACUAAGUUAAACCAAGAAUUAAAUCACUGGUUUAUUUUAA